CGCAACUACACCUAUAACUCUGCCUACCCAAUUUUCGAUGUGUGAACGACCUUGUAAGCUCAACCUAAGGUAACCUCUUAUAUACUGGUGUCAGAAUACACUACUAGCCAGUCACUUGUUACCGCUUGGACUGUCUACUAGUGCCAAAAAAAUGAAAUUCCUCAUAUUGUCCGUUUGCGUGGCUUUAGCCGCUGCUGACGUAUCGCACGUGGUCGCCAACAAUGACAAGUCGGCUCAGAUCCUAAGGCAAGAGUUGAACGUCGGCGUGGAAGGCCAAUACCAGUGGGCUUAUGACACCGAAAACGGUAUAUCAGCUAGCGAGGAUGGUUCCUUAAAGCAGAUUGACGCUGAGACGAAGGCUCAAGUAGCUCAGGGCCAAGCCAGCUGGAAAUCCCCCGAAGGAGAGGUGAUUAGCUUCCAGUAUGUAGCUGACGAAAAUGGAUACCAACCACAGGGUUCCCACCUUCCGGUCGCGCCCCCAAUCCCAGAAGCUAUUCUCCGAGCCUUGGAGUACAUCAGGGCCCACCCCCCACCAGAAGAGAAGAACUAAACUUACUUUACUUAAAAAGAAAACACUAUUAAACUUCUCAAGAAGACCAAAAGCUUCUAAUUCUCUUUUCUCUGUUGUUGCGGCGCUGAUUGCUUACCAUCAGGUAAUCCGUCUGCUCGUUUGCCGACCAAUUACAUAAAAAAAAUGUUAUAACAAUAGAUACAUUGUUUCAUA